AUGACUGACUUCUGGUCCACGGGCUGCAGUGUGGAGCAGAGGGAGCACCAGCCUGGGCGCCCUACCACCUGGACUGGCACUGGGUUUGCCAAGGUCCCAGAGGGCAGCAGCCUGGAUUUCUCCAUCAACAUCAUCCCCUACUCCAUGGAGUACGACCUCCUCAUCCGCUAUGAGUCGCAAAUGCCACGGGACUUGGAGGAGGUCCGUGUGACUAUCAUUCGGCCAGGGCCCAUUCCCACCAGCAGCCCAUGUGGAAACACCAUCCCUGCAGACGACAUGCUCACUGUUUCCCUGCCUGCAGGAUCCAGGUUUGUCGUGCUGCCUCAAUCUAUCUGCUUGGAGAGAGGAGUUAGUUACACGCUUCACUUUGAGUUCAGUCGCUAUCUGGAACGGAACAAUGUUCUCAUUCCCGGUACAACUGCUGCCAACAUUCUAGUGGACUCUAUUUCCCUUCUCCCUCGUUACUCCUCCCUGGAGAUGUUCAUCGGCGGAGACCCCGCCUCCAUCGCCCGGAAACAGAGCUACGAGCGCUACCGCUGCCAUGACGGGGCUAAGAGCGUGACACGCCCCCAGAUCAGUGACGUCUGUGCCAAACUCAUCACCAGCAUGUCAGCCAUCAUUAACCAUGGAGCUUUGGCUUGCCAGUGUGACCCCCAGGGUUCAGUCAGCUCAGUGUGUGACAUGCGCGGAGGUCAGUGUCGCUGUAGGUCCAAUGUGAUUGGACGGCGCUGUGACCACUGUGGUCCUGGGACGUACGGCUUUGGACCUACAGGAUGUAAAGCCUGUGAGUGUAGUCUGGAAGGUGCGGUCACUCGGUUCUGUGACCAGCUGACUGGGCAGUGCCCAUGCAGCCAGGGUGCGUUUGGCCAGCGGUGCGAUGGCUGCCAGGCAGGACACUGGGGCUUCCCCAACUGUAAGCAGUGCCUAUGUAACGGACACGCUGAGGAGUGCCACCAGAGGACCGGAGCCUGUCUCAACUGCAGGGAAAACACUGGAGGGGACAAAUGUGACAGGUGUGCCAACGGUUACUACGGAAACCCGGUGCUGGGCACAGGUAACAGUAACCGAUGCCAGCCCUGCCCCUGCCCGGAUGGCCCAAACAGCGGAAGACACUUUGCUACCUCCUGUCACCAGGACAACCACAACAGACAGGUGGUCUGCAACUGUAACCAAGGAUACACAGGUUCCCGGUGUGAGGAGUGUGCCCCUGGUUACUAUGGUAACCCCUCCCAGCCAGGUGGGCGGUGCCAGCCCUGCAGGUGCAGUAACAACAUUGACAUGUCAGACCUGGAUGCGUGUGACCGGCGGACAGGAGAGUGUGAGAAGUGUCUCUACAACACAGAGGGACCGGACUGUGGGGUGUGCAAGAGCGGUUACUAUGGAGACGCCUCGCGACGCAACUGCAGAAAGUGCACCUGUAACUUCCUGGGCACAGAGCAAACCCAGUGUACAGCGCGGGAUGAGUGUGUCUGCCAGCGUGCCACGGGGCAGUGCCAGUGUCUACCCAACACUAUCGGCCUGACAUGUGACCACUGUAAGCCCAACUACUGGAACCUGGCUAGUGGGCGGGGCUGUGAGGCCUGCGGCUGUGAACCCAACAACGCUGUCAACCCCGCCUGCAACGAGUUCACUGGAAAGUGUCAGUGUCGGGGUGUCGGGCGUGCGUUGUGAUCAGUGUGCCCGGGGCUUCUCAGGCCAGUUCCCUAACUGCCAGCCUUGCCARCAGUGCUUUGGGGACUGGGACCGGGUGGUACAGAACCUGGCUGUCCGAACCAAGACCCUGUCGGAGCGGGCUCUGGAGAUCCAGACCACGGGCCUGACUGGAGCCUAUGAGAAGGCCUUCAGAGACCUGGAGGAGAAGCUGGCACGGGUACAGGGCAUCGUCAAUGCCCGCAACACCACCACAGAGGCAGUCAGCAGCCUGAUGGAGCUCAUUGAAGACCUCAGGUCUCAGAUAGGGGAGACCACAGAUGUACUGAAUCAUCUGGAGGGAGACCUGACCAGUGUGGGGAACAGUAAUGUUGAGGCCAGUAAUGAGCUCAGUGCUCUAGAGAGAGAGGCCAAAGAGCUCAACCUGACCUCAGAUCAGCUCCACCGCCAACUGGACAUCCUGAAAAACUCUAACUUCCUGGGUGCAUAUGAAAGCAUCCGUAGCUCCUAUAAUAAGUCCCGGGACGCAGAGCGGCGAGCCAACCAGUCCACCACUACSACGCCCAGCACUGUCAGCCAAUCAGCAGACACCCGCCGCAAGACAGAACGCCUCAUCUCUGCCAAGAAAGACGACUUCAACCGCAAGAACGCCGCCAACAAGCGAGCCCUGGGGGACCUCAAUGCCAAGGCACAAACCCUGGACAUGAAGAAGAUCAACGAGAAGGUCUGUGGGGCCCCUGGCGAUUCCCCCUGUGUAGAGAGCCAUUGCGGAGGGGCGGGUUGCCGUGACGACGAGGGGAACAGGCACUGUGGAGGCCUGAACUGCAACGGUGCUGUAGCGAUGGCAGAGAACUCCUUGGAGAAGUCUAAGCACGCAGAGAAAGAGCUGAACGUAGCCAUGGGGGAGGUAGAGGAGCUCUUCCACAAGGUGGCAGAUGCCAAGAGCAAGGCGGAGGAGGCAAAGGGUAAAGCCCAGGCAGCUCUGGACAAGGCCACUAACACCAAGAACAAGGUGGAGCGCUCCAACAACGACCUGCGGGACCUCAUCAAGCAGAUCCGGGACUUCCUCAUGCAGGAGGGUGCUGAUCCAGACAGCAUUGAAACGGUGGCUAYCCGUGUCCUGGAGCUGUCCAUCCCAGCCUCACCACAGCAGAUCAGACACCUGGCAGAGGAGAUCAAGGACCGGGUCCAAAGCCUCUCUAACGUAGACGCCAUUCUGAAACAGACACAGGACGACGUGCGCAAAGCAGAGCAGCUUCUGCAGGAGGCCAAGAAGGCCAGGAAUCGGGCAGACGGGGUGAAAUCCACAGCAGAGACGGUGAAACGGGCACUUGAGGACGCUAAGACAGCCCAGGCUGCAGCGGAGAAGGCCAUACAGCAGGCUAUGGUUGACAUUGGUGAAACGGAGGUCCGACUAGCACAGAUCGAGUCUGAAACCUCCAGCAGUGAACAUGACCUGAAUAAUGCCAUGGACCGCCUUGGCAACCUGGGUCGGGAGAUUGACGGUCUGAAACUCAAACGUGCAAAAAACAGCAUGGCAGCAGCUCGAGCUGAGGAGACAGCCACUAUGGCACGGGACAAAGCCAAUGAUGCCAAGCAGAUUUUAGAUGGUGAGCUGACAGAUAAGUAUCACACAGUGCAGGACUUGGUGGACAGGAAAGCCAAGACCGUCCAGGAGGCCAAAAAGACAGCAGGGCGCCUGAGAGACGAGGCCAAGGAGCUACUGAAAGACGCCCAGAACAAGCUCCAGAGACUAGCAGAACUAGAGAAAGACUAUGAAGAGAACCAGAAAAAGUUGGAGGGCAAAGCCCGGCAGUUGGACGGCCUAGAAGACAAGAUGAAYGCUAUCCUCAACGACAUCAACAAACAGAUUCAGAUCUACAACACCUGUCAGUAAACAGGGACCUGGCCGAGUUGAACCAAACACUGACUGACUGCAGACACUAUAUGAACCUACUAUUGCUUUACUCUCUUGUAGGGUGUACACUGUAUGCGCUCUAGUGGGGAACUCAGUACUGCACCUACAGCCAUGGUGCUUAUCCAACUACACUGUGUAACUGUGUCUUUUUGAUUGUAAGAUUUCACACAUCUAAUAUAACAUUGUGUGCCCUCAGUGUAUUACUGUGUGACUUUCAACUGAAGGAUAGAAGUGGCUCCACAUGACAUUUACGAAAAUAAUAAUCCAUUUGUGUGUGUGAAGAUUACGAAAAUGUGCAAAUAUGUUUCGCCUCAACUCAGAUCAUCCUCCAAACACUGCCACAUUCAGAAUAUAAAUAAUGCCAAAAAAGUCCUUAUGAAUAGAUUGUUCUGGAAAAACAAUGAACAAAAGUUGUUAUGUGUACUGACUGAGGAUGAACCAGGGGAUGAUUGGUUACUUUGACAUGUUUUCUGAUCUCUCCUGGAUUAAAUGAUGGGAUGCUUGUUCUCUUUAAACACUACAUAGACUCAAUGGUUGGUAUUGUUUCUGUAAUUGAGAGAAAGCUUUUUGGAGUUGCCUGAAAAUAAAUACUGAAAAAGUAUUUCCACCCUC